AUGGUCGUAAUAAGUGUUAGCAGAUUCACCGAAAUACAGAACUUUAUCCGCAACUACAAUGGUUUGUACAUCAAUUGCAACUUGGAGCUGGAGGCCAAAUUUCCCGAGUACUCAUCGGAUACGCUUGGUAGCAUUAUUGGGAAAGAGGUAAUACAGCGCGUCAAGUCGAACCAUUCCAAAAUAAUCGCCAAAGCAGCUUCGCUCGUUAAAGAGUAUCAAACCACCGCCAAACAAACGUUAGCGCACGAUGUGUUGCAGAAAAUGGCUAUCGAAUGGCGGAUACCGUCGAUGGUGCUGUGUCGCAUCUUACUAUCGAAAUGUUUUCCAGACUUAUCGAAAGCGGAGAUAAACGAAAUGAUGCGAAUGCCCGAUCUGAUUCCAGACUCGUUGCUGGCAGUGAAUGUGAGCUACUGUCUGUACAGUGAAACGAUGGAUGGUCCAAUCACCGACCUAGUGCGAAGGUUUAUCGGCGAAGAGUACGAGGUACGGUUGAAGAAGAUGGCCCGAGAAGCAGGUAUGGUUUUCUACGAUGAGGGACAUCUUCGUCGCACGGGGUACGACAAAACGCCGGACCUGAAAAUGGCAGUUCCAUUUAUGUUCCGUGGGCAUGUGGUUAAUUGGAUCGAGAGUAAGGCAUCGUUCGGGGAUAUGGAUUCUCACAAACGGUACGUCAAGGAUCAGUUGUCAAGCUAUGGGAAUCGAUUCGGACCGGGCAUCGUUAUAUACUGGUUUGGUUACCUAGAGAGUAUAGCUGAAUGUCCGGAAAACGGCAAUUACGUGAUAGUAACCGAUGGAUUUCCCACAGAAGAUGAAAUGGAAUUUCUAAAGUUUAAUUUACCCGUAUUCGAAGAGGAAACACAGCACCGAGAUGGUGAUAGUUAA